UUAAAUGAAAUUCCCUCAUCACAAGGAAGACGUAAUGUUGAUUUUAAUGAUACACAACUUACUCAAUAUAGCAACAAUUAUUGUUAUUCAAAUCAGCCCCUUUGGAUAACGAAUGAGUACACGUGCAAUGUAGAUCUUAUUUGUGGUUCAAAAGUUAAAAUAUUGAUUAUAUUUCUUUUACCAGAAAGUUGA